AUGAGUAAACUUAAUAGUGAGGCUAUUAGAGAAGCCAUUGCUUGUAUCAGGCGUACAUGUGAGGAGAGGAAACUCAAUGUGAGGAAGCUUCAAAGUGAGGCUAUUGAAGAAGCCAUUACAGUUAUUAGGAGAAAAUCUAAUGAGGAGAAGAAACAUAACUUUAAGGAGACAGUAGUGAAGCUUCAGAGUGAGGCUCUUAGAGAAGCCACUACAACUAUCAAAGACAAAUCUGAGGAGAAGAAGUGUAACUUUGUAGAGACAAUGGAGUGUCAGAGUGGUAUGAAGAACUGUGAACCAACAAAAGAGAAGUGUUUCAAUGGAUCUGUUAAGCUCCUAAACAUUCCUGUCAAGAAAUGAAGAUAUGCAUAUGUCUGGAGAGAUGCUC